UGGAUUUCAUAAAACAUUUUUGUAAAGAUUCGAAAUCUACAAAACACACUUAUUUCAAUAAGGUUAUUUUAUUAAUAUUAUUCUACAUGCCUUUCCAUGGAAUUUGGCAAUCUUACAUUAUGCAGACAUUGUUAGCAAUGUUUCGAAAAUUACUUCAGUUAAUAUUGAACAUGAAUGGAUCAUCACGACAUAAGAUUACAGAAUAACUCUCAAAUCACUUACUGACAUAAAUGAGUGCUUCUGAGGGGUUGUCAUUAGCUUGGUAACUUUUGCCCCAGGCCCAUGACUGCAAGGGGUUACAUGCUUGAAAAAUCCAACUUAUGUUUGCCCCAUCCAAACCUACUGUCCAAAGAAGCAGGGACUCUUCUCAGAGGCACUGUGGUUUUUAACUCUUAAGGUGUUUAGGUUGUCUGUGAGUUAGUUCUUUAGUGUCUGUGACACAGCUGAUUUUCCCUUUACAAUCUAAUACUGUCUAAAGUCCCCGCCACAUUCUUCUCACGUCUGACCCAUUGAGUUGUCUGUAAUUGAUCCUUAUUCUGACCUUUGUAUCUGAUUGACUUGUGAAACACACUGCCAUGUCUCUGUUAUUUUAACAUUGUUAUGCGCAUAUGUAUGCAUUCCCUUUUGCCCAGACUGCUGUUAAGAAACAUUUCCUGAUCAGAAGAUACAUUUUAGUGGUCACUAUUGGGACCACAUCAUAAAUACAUUUCUAGAUAACCCCAGUAAUGUGAAGUCAUUUAUGUUUCCCCCCAAGGCCUCUCCUAUCUUCCCCUAACAUCUCCCAGUCUGCCUGGUCCAAACUAGCAGGGAUUCAGAUUGCUCAAACCAGCGUUAUAAAGUCCAUACAGCUGGUGCUCCCGGUUUUAGUUUAUCUUGUAGGCAGGGCCAAAUUCGUUUUUUUCCACUCUUGUCUUCCGACCAGAAUGUCACAUGGGUCAAUGUGUGGAAGGUAUGACAUGGUUUGUGUGUACAGGUUCACUCACCUGACAACCUCAGUUAGCCUUUAGCAUACUCCCAAACCACUCCCAACAGAGGGGAGAAGGAGCUAGGCAGGGAAAUCCUCAGAGCAGACGGGUAGAAUAGCUUGGAAUACAUUCAAACCUCUUCAAUGAUCUCCAGACAGUUUCUUAUAUAUUUAAAAUGUUUGUAAAAUGUAGUCAUUGAGACAUUCUCAUACAGAGUGACUUACGUUAACAAUUCAGGUUAAGCGCCUUGUUCAAGGCAGAACAGAACAGUUUUCUUUUACUUGUCAGGUUUGAGAUAUAACCAGUGAUCUUUCGGUAACUGGCCCAACGCAUUUAACACUAGGCUAUUUGCCACCACAAAUUUAGAUGUUGCACAUGUUUUACUAUUUGUAAACCAAAUCUAACUGACACUCCUCUAUGUAACAGGCUUCCAACUGCAGAGGGCACACAGUUCCACUACUUUGGCCUGUCCGCUAACCCAUGCAGCGUGCAGUUUUUCAUUUCGUUUGACCUUUAUUUUACCAGGCAAGUCAAAGGACAAAUGCUUUUUAACAAUAAUGGCCCUGAAGGAGGCAAAAGGCAGCCGAUGGAGGAUGGGAUUAAAUAAAAUUAAAAAACAUGUGGCGACUGCCCCAUAACAACAUCAACUAUGAAAAAAAUCUAACCAAGCGCAUCAUCUGACACUAUUAAACUACAAAAGAGAAACUAAAGAUAACAAGGUACGAUGAAAGCAUUCAAGUUAUCAACAUAGACUAGGAGGCAGACAAUGAAAAAAACACCAGGGCACAAGCAAUGGACAAUAAGCAAAGACAACAACAGCAGCACAACAUGGCAGAACCACAAUAUACAGACAUCGCAUGAAGUGGCGACAGGUGUCAGUAAAUGUAUUAUUGCUUGUGCCUUUGAACUUGGCAAUAACAACAAGCUAGUUGUAUUUGUUUUGCAGUUGAUACCCAUCACUAGCUGUGGCAGACUGAAGAGGGGAGCAACCCAGAGGAGUCUGCUUUGGACAUUUGUAAGUGAGCAGAAGGAAAUGGGAUACAGCAGACAACUCCAAUAGGGGUCCCAGUCCCAUAGCUUACUGUGAAGCCUCGGGCUGUCGUAAUGUCGGAGCCCAAGUCACCCACUCCGACUCCGGCCGGAGACACGUACAAAGGAUGGCUAUUCAAAUGGACUAAUUACAUCAAAGGCUAUCAGCGACGAUGGUUUGUUUUAAGCAACGGUUUAUUGUCUUACUACAGGACUCAGGCAGAAAUGGGCCACACGUGCCGGGGUACCAUCAACCUGGCCACGGCCAACAUCGCAGUGGAGGACUCGUGCAACUUUGUCAUCUCCAAUGGCGGGGCUCAGACCUACCACCUGAAGGCCAGCUCCGAGGUGGAGCGUCAGCGCUGGAUCACUGCUCUGGAGCUGGCCAAGGCCAAAGCUGUUCACAACCAGGCUGAGUCCGACGACUCUGGCGAUGAGUGUCCCACGUCGCCCCCGACCUCGGGGCAGGGAGGUGGGGCGCGCAACUCCAACUCGGAGGUCCAGUCCACGUUACGCACGCUGGGCAGCAAGGUGGAAGACCUGAGCACCUGCAACGACCUCAUCGCCAAACACGGCUCGGCCCUUCAGAGGUCCCUUUCUGAGCUGGAGGGGGUGCGGCUGGGAGGCGACACGGAGGGCAAGAUCCGCCAGGUGACGGAGAGAGCAACGCUGUUCCGCAUCACCUCCAACGCUAUGAUCAACGCAUGCAGAGACUUCCUAGCCCUCGCCCAGGCCCACAGCAAGCGGUGGCAGAAAGCCUUGUAUUCGGAACGGGACCAGAGGAUCCGACUGGAGGAGACGUUGGAGCAGUUGGCCAAGCAGCACAACCAUCUGGAAAGGGCCUUCAGAGGUGCCACUGUACUGCCCGCCUCCCAGAGCAACCCCGCCCUGGAUAGCAAGAGUUCGGGCUCAGCCAAGGGCGACGCAAGCGACGAGGAUGAUGAGAACGAGUUCUUUGAUGCGAUGGAGGACCCGGCCGAGUUCAUCACGGUUCCGGCCGACCCCAAGUAUCAUAGAAGGUCGGGGAGUAAUGCCAGUGGUUUUAGCACUGAGACCGGAAUGGAUGAUCAAUCACUUUGUGACGAGCAGUCGCUCGGGUCCAACCCGGAAUCGCCCCAGUCCCUGGAGGUGGAGCCAGUAAGGAAGAGACGGACCAAAAUCCCAGACAAGCCCAAUUAUUCGCUGAACCUCUGGAGCAUCAUGAAGAACUGCAUCGGCAAGGAGCUCUCCAAGAUCCCAAUGCCGGUGAACUUCAACGAGCCCAUCUCCAUGCUCCAGCGUCUGUCUGAGGACCUGGAGUACUACGAGCUCCUGGACAAGGCGUCCAAAUGCCAGAGCUCCACGGAGCAGCUGUGCUACGUGGCGGCCUUCACCGUCUCCUCCUACUCCACCACGGUCCACCGCACGGGGAAGCCCUUCAACCCCCUGCUGGGGGAGACCUACGAGCUGGACCGGCUGAGAGAGAGUGGCUACCGCUCGCUGUGCGAACAGGUGAGUCACCAUCCUCCAGCCGCAGCUCACCACGCCAUCUCAGAGAGAGGCUGGACCCUCCGACAGGAGAUCUCCCUGGCCAGCAAGUUCAGGGGGAAAUAUCUCUCCAUCAUGCCUUUAGGUACCAUCCAUUGUAUUUUUGAGAAGAGCAACAAUCACUACUCGUGGAAGAAGGUUACUACGACCGUGCAUAACAUUAUCGUGGGAAAACUGUGGAUCGACCAGUCGGGCGAGAUCGACGUGGUGAACCACCGGACCGGCGACCGCUGUCACCUCAAGUUCGCCCCGUACAGCUACUUCUCCCGAGACGUGGCCAGGAAGGUGACGGGCGUGGUGACGGACAAGGACGGCAAGGCCCACUACGUCCUGUCCGGGACCUGGGACGAGAAGAUGGAGUUCUCCAGGGUGAUGCAGAGCAACCGGGGGGAGAACGGCACCGAGGGCAGACAGAAGACCGUCUACCAGACGCUCAAAGCCAAGGAGCUGUGGAGGAAGAACCCGCUGCCUGAGGGGGCAGAGACCAUGUACUACUUCUCCUCGCUGGCGCUGACGCUGAACGAGCCCGAGGAGGGCGUGGCGCCCACCGACAGCCGGCGGCGGCCCGACCAGCAGCUGAUGGAGGCGGGCCGGUGGGACGAGGCCAAUGCCGAGAAGCAGCGGCUGGAGGAGAAGCAGAGGAGCGUCCGCCGCGAGAGGGAGAGGGAAGCCCAGCGCGCUGCCACCCCGCCCGAGGAGGUGGCCGAGGGGGCGGAGGAAGCGGAGGAGGACGUCUGUCUGUCUGUGUCUCUCCCCCAAGCUGUCAUUGAGGACUCUUCCAUCACUGACUCACCUUUGAAAACCGAUGCAGUGGAGAUGUGCACGGAAGCGAGCCAGGCUUCGGAUGAAACGGACCCAGAUGAUUCUCCACCUCACACUCCAACCGGCUCCCACCAGGACAACUACCAGGCGCUGUGGUUCAAACGGGUCGUGGACCAGGUCACGGGAGAGUCCGUGCACGUCUACAAGGGUGGCUAUUGGGAGGCGAAGGACCACGGCAACUGGGACAUGUGCCCCGAUAUAUACUGAUUCCAAACCCAGGCACCCCCCCCCCCCCCCACACCCCCGAAUGGAUUGUACUAACCCAGGCACUUAGAAAAAGGAUGGCCUCAAGCCCCCCUACCACCACCACCACACCCACCCCCCACUCCACCCCAUUUGAAGAAGGGGAAAGCCGGGUGUUGAUCCUGUUAUGUGAACCCCAACCCCUCUGUCUUCCAGGAUGAGGUUUUGGGUUGCAAUGCCUACCGCUUGAACCCCGUCUUCCCAGGGACGGUUUACAGUGGCCGAGAGACCCACAGAAGGACGGGGCCGUGCAACCAGACCUGCCCCCCCCCCCCCCCCCCCCUUGUAAUAUUUAAGGUUGGGAUGGGGGAAGCUGAGGCUAUCCGACAUCUGUAGCUAGGGAAAAUGUCCUCUCCCCAACGCUUCAUCUUCACUACAAUCAACAGAUGAUUAGAUCUCUCCAUUUAGAGGCGCUGGCAAGAACUGUGUGUUUCUGUUUUCGUCCACCAUGGCUCACAUUCUCUCUCACCCUCCCUUUUAUGCACACCUCAUCUCCUGCUGUCGUCCUCCAGAAAUGGCUGGAGGCAGGUAGGUUUGGUUAUGUUAGACUGAUGAUUUAAGAUGAUCAAACGCAGACCCUUAAGAUGUCGAACAACAGUGAUGCCUGUGUGCGUGUGAGGCAGGGGUUACAGUAGCAGAGGUUUAGCGCCUGUUUGAGAACGGCUGAUUGGCUAGCGUCACAAAUGCAGCUUGAGAGGCCUGGUGAGUGACGGCAGAACGACCCAGCGCCUGCAAACGUGGGCUCUAGUCGUUGAGUGUGUCCUUAUCUAAACCGAUACCUCACGCCGGCUCCCGCUAAGGCUGAUCGUUUUUUGAUAAAUGAAGGAUUUAUGGUCAUGAAAUACUAUUUAAACCGUUCCCACUGCACCCUAUCUCGUUCAUAAAUCUAUCAGCGCUUCUUCCAACAGCUGAACAAUCAAGCAGAGCAUUUUUAGAAAAUGUAUAUUAGGUUUAGUGUACGAAGAAGCAGACCUGAUGGUAACAUGUCGAAAUGGGGCCCAGCCCGGUGAAAUUAUGUGUGAGCGGCUGUGUCCCAAGCGGCUGCCGAAAUAGGGCACUUCUUGUAAGCAGACCACUUUAUAUCAGCCGUGGUCAGAGGUAGUUCAGGCUGUGCACGAGGUAAUGGGAUUGAGCUGUGUGCAAGCUUUUUGUGAGUUCCAGAAAUAAGAUAUCACAUUUUAUUUUUCAAGUGUACUUACAACAGAGUAGGGAAUCAUGCAGAACGCCAACGGGAACAGAAUAUUGCAAAUGUGUGUGUAUAUAUCAAAUUAAAUAAGUAAUAGUGCUAUUAACGAUAAUAUUGAUAAGAUAUAUAUGGUGAUGUUUCAGAAUAUGAGAAAGAAUCCCCCCCCCCCCCCCCCUUUGUCAAAUAGAAUGUUUGUUACUGUUUCUCACGUGGAACUGGAUUGUCCUUUUGAUUGUAAGUCAACUGUAACUUUUUUGGAUCGCUCCCAUUUUCAACCCCCGUACAUGCGGAUUGUAUACUACAGACAGACAACACACCUGACAACAGUUGUGACCUAACACAGAUGUAUUCACUUCUCUCCUCGGGUAUCCCCAGCCAUUCCGUGUAUCUGAUCUAUUACGGAGCUAGCACACUUGAUUAGCCUUGACGGUAGUCCUCAAGCACGUGAUUAGUAAAUCAGGUGUGCCUUUUUACAGCUACGACAAUCGUGGAACGUCUGUGUGUGUGUGGGGGGGGGGGUCUCUGAGGGGAGGGUUGAACGCCUGCUGAUCUACCGGUUUUUGGGCAAAAACAUUCACGCAGUGCUUGUGAAUAGGUCAGCAUUUGUGUUUCUACAAACUGUCCCGCCACGUUGUGCGUCUGUCGUGGAAGUAUGUGUACGUGGCUGCCAGUUGAAUGUUCACAUUGUCAUUAUUGUACUACUGUGUAUUGUUGACAUGGUCUAUCUUAAGUUUACAGUUUUUCACUCCUGUCUUUUUUUAUUCAUCUGUUCUUUUAAUUAAUCCCUUUUUUUUUUUUAUCAUUCCAUCUUUUUGUUUAUCCGGUCCUUUCCUAUGGUUGUCCUAGUUUCCUGUCUUUAUGCCCAUUCACUGUAAAUCUUGGUCGAUGUGCUAAGGUGCUCAGACUGGCUGUGGGGCAGGUUGAUGUAAUAAAGCCUGACUGCAGAAGA